AUGCAUCCACAUCUGCACACCAAAGACAAUGGAGCCUGCGAAGAAGUCAUGAAAGCCCUCGACGACUGCCACGCUCGCGGUUUCCUCUGGCGCUCGAUAGGCGGAUGCAACGGCGAGAAAACGCAGGUGAACAAAUGCCUGCGCGCACAACGGCUCAAGAGGACGGAGACCAACCGAGAGAAAGCCAAGAUCGAGCGCGCGAAGAUAAAGAAGCUUUUUGCGGAUAUCGAUGCGAACUCGUGA